AUGCAACUGAGUCCCCUGCAAUCGCGGCUCGCAGCCUCGCUCGCGGCCUCGCUGUUCAUUCUGGCUCUCUACCUGCUCCUCUUCUCGCCUCACGUCGCCUUUGCCGCCGAGCUGCCCGCCCUCGACCCCUACCACUCACUCAUUACCGCCGACGAACUCGGCGACAUCCUGCCAGGAGCGCAUUACGAUGCCGAACUCGACCUGUUCGACCGGAGCAUCACUGGGCAAGUCCCGGACGGUGUUUUCGUCCUUGAGUUGAACAAGCCGAGAGCGCUGAAUCUCUCCCCUGGCACAACCGCGUGCUAUCUCGUUCAGAAGAAUACCCUCUCGAGUAUGGGAGCCUCGGGGAGUACCAACAAAAGCGAGGAGGCCCAUGGCGACGGCGUUCAUCUUUACCUAUCGGCCAACACGUGUCUGCAACCAUCUUCGUCGGACACGACGAGCAAGCCGACGCUGGCCCCGCAACUGAUGCUCUUCAUCUCCAAUUCCAGCCUUGCCGGAUGCCCGAAAGACUCUUCGAAAGCGCCGAAGGAAGGAGAAGGCAAGAUAUUCGUAGAGGGCGCCGUCAUGUACGGAGUAAACGCGACGGGUGAAGUCUACAUCGGAAUCACGGCGCCGAAUGUCUCGGCCGACUUCCGUGGAGUGUACAACUUCGAGGUUGCCGCCUCCCUCGACGGGUACUUUCAUCGGUUCGAGAAACAAACGACUUCUGAGCUUUUGUGGAUGGACAGCGAUUCAACAUCCGCACUGCUAGUCACACGGAACUUAACGGAAAAUAUCGACGACGUGCAGCGCAUCUUGAGCCAGGAACCCCCGUACGAACUGUUCGUCACCAACAAGAACUCGAAUGCUACCGAUGGUCUCAAGCAUUCAGUUUGCGGACUGAAGCAUACAGCUCAGAUUGUGGCAGAUUAUCGCAGCAACAGCAAGUUGAGCGGCUCUGUCCGCACCGCUUUGACUCUCAGGGGUCCUGGUGGGUUUCCGAAGCAGCAGUUUUACUUCGUCGCACUCAACGCCAGCUCGACCUACGAUGGAAUACUCGUGAAGAAGGCCAACGCGACGGCGAAAGAGAAGAGGCAAAAUGGUGGAGUAUCUGGCGUUGGAAGCGUCAUCUUCAAAGCAACUGAAUUCCAUACAGUCUCCGGAACGAACUGCAAGGUGGUGACGGACCUCGAGUUCUGCGACGAAAUCCAGUACGCGGUGGCGGGGAAUGACGCCAAGUUCAACAGCACAGAGUUGGCGAAAGCGUAUGACGACUACGCAAAGAAGAUGUACGCCAACUUUGAAAAGGUUCUGAUGCAGAUACCAUGUGAAGCGGGCAGAACAUCACGAUACUCCCUGGCCAGGAAAUGCGGCGACUGCAUGGCGGCGUACAAAAAAUGGCUCUGCACCGUAAGCAUACCGCGGUGCGAGGACUUCAGGAGCAACAACCCGUAUGGACUCGUGCGGAACGCCGCCCAGGCCUUUCCCAACGGGACCCUGCUGCCGGAUGAGGAGAGGCAACCGCUGGAGCUUCUGCCUUAUUCAAGGGUGUCGCGGAACUCGUUCAUCGACAACGAGAUUCAACCGGGGCCUUACAAGGAAGUUCUACCUUGCGAUGACAUCUGCUAUGAGGUGGUGCAAAACUGCCCUGCCAAGAUUGGCUUCGGAUGCCCUGAACCAGGUAUGGUGGCCUUCGAAUACAGCUAUGGUCGACGGACUAGGAACGGUUCGACUGUGGCAUGCAACUAUCCGGGCGAGGCACGAACGCCGACAAGUCUGGCCGGCAUGAAGCCGCCCAGCCGUAUGUUUCUCACCGGCGGGUUGUCGCUGGCCGCCAUGCUCUUAUUGGCGUGA